CUUUUUCUCAGCUUUACAUCCUGCAUCUUUUAUCUUUUACACAGUUGCAAGCUGCAAAUCAAAUGAAUAUUAAUUACAAACAUUUGGUGGGUGAUUUUACUUAUAAAUAAGAUAAUGAGGAUGUGAACCAAUUAUACCAACAAAAAAAUGUCGGUAACUUAAACCAAUUUUUUUGUACUUUAUUGAAGUCGAAAAAAUGGAUCUUGCGGAAACGAUGAAAAACGUUCUUGCUAAAGGUAUGCAGCAAGCUUCGGUUAACGAUUUACCAUCAACAGCGAAUAUGGGAUUUCCUGGUACAGGUUAUGUCACAGAAAAAUUGUACAUGUUAUUACAAUUAUAUUUACAAAAUAAGGGCUGGAACCCCUCGGUUGAACUAUUGCAAUGUUUUACAGAGUUAAAAGAAACAUCAAUGCUUCCCAGUGCAGCAUAUUUACAAAUGAUGGCUUCCAGAGUUACUUUGGAUUCCCAAGGAAGACUAAUACUAAGAGAAAAUGGUAAAAUUAUAUUACCUUUCGAACAUUUUGCAAAUGCUGUUAUGUUAAAACAUAUGAACGGACCCCACGGACUACAUCUGGGAAUUGAAGCGACAGUUAGAGCUGUAAUGGAUUCCUACACAAUAGGACGAGAAAAUUUCGGCAUGGAAAAAGAGUUUAUCAUCGAAGUGGUUCAGAAUUGCCCAAACCCGGCUUGUAGGUAUUAUAAAAAUCAAAUGGAACUCACACAGAAAACUUUGCAACACUUGAAUGCUGGUUAUUUGGGAGAAACACCUUCCACUGGAGCUGAUAUAAGAAGUAGAUUAAGUGCAGUAGAUAUAGCGAGUCAAAAUAGCAUAGAUGUAAAACCAAAUCCUCCAAUAAUGGAACGCCCCAAAUCAGUUGCGCCUACACAACAGCAAAUUACUGCAGCUCUAAUUCAACAACAAAACCGUGUUAUAGCACAACAGAAUAUCGAAAAAUUGAAUGCCAAUUUGGAGAAACAACGCCAACAGAUGCAACUUCAACAACAGAUUGAUUUAGCUAAAGGUCAACAACAAAAGCAGCAACAAGUUCAACAACAACAGCAAGUACCCCAACAACAACAACCGCAUUUUGAAUUACCGAUAAUGGAACAUAAAAUAACUGAUUUUUUAAGGGCGAAUUUAGAAAAUUUAGACGGAUUAUCUUCUGCUAAUAAGGAUUUGUUAGCUCUCCAUAAUGGUGCUUGGACUCCUACAGCUUCAAAUACACCUUCCUCUUCUUCUUCCACUUCAGUAGAAAAGAAUGUAUCAGAAGGAGGUCAGGAAAAAAUUGUUCGAGCGUUUAGUGAAGUGAUGAAGAACAUGGCGCGAAUGAAAACUUAUGUCCGUCCAGCUAUGUGCAAACCGUAUGGUAAACAAUCUGAAGCUUUGCAGAAAACGCUUAUGGAUACCAUACAGCUAAUUCAAUCUCUUAGGAGUUUUCUUCCUCCUCCUCACAUACAAGUAAGUUCGUGGAAAAAUGAGGACAAACAUCGUUACGAAGAAUCUUAAUUUUUUUUAAAUGGUAUUUGGGUAUUUGUUGACAAUUUUAUUAUUUUCUACUAUUGCUCUUUGAGUAAACUUUGUCUAGUGACUCCAUUUUUUUAUUACAAAAUGAAAUUUUUUACAAUAAUAUAGUUAAAGCCCAUUGUUAUCAGUUAUUUUAUUACUUAUAGCAUUUGAAACAUCGAAUAAUAAGUUCCAGGUCUAGUAAACAAAAAACAACUUUUUUAAUCAAAUUUCUUUCCAUAUACUACAAUAUUGUUUCACCUUAAAAGGUAAACUUCAGUUUUACACUUUUGACCUAUAUUUCUUUUCUUAAAACAUUCUUUUUUAGUAGUAUUUGAAGAACGUGUUAGAUACAGAUGCCAAUCGAAGAUCAAUGAAUUGUGAUAUUAGAAAUAGAUUGUUUCCAACCACUCUGCACCUAUACCCAAAACUAUAUUCUCUGCAUUUCAUCAUCCUAUUUUCAAAAUAAGUAGAAUCCUUAACAUGGAGGGGUAUUUUUCUGUUUUACUCCCCAAUAAACAAAAAAAAACUUGAAACCAACUACAAAAAAGCUUAUUCCUCUUUAAAAAGUCGAACUAAUAAACUAUUGGAGGGAAUAAGCUCAAAAUUUAACAGCUAUCGUAUAAAAAAUGGCGUUUUGAGGAAAAAAUUUAAAAUUGUGUUUAAUCCAUAUCCAUUAGACUUGGGAAUUAUUUAUAGAUGCUUACCAUGAUAUCCUAAGCUAGGUUACACUUAGAAAAAUAACUUCGUUUACAUUUUGGAAAAAAUAGCAACAAAUACCUAUUCGAUACUUCUUAUAUAAAAUCAUCACUUAUAAAUACAGUGUGUUUAAAAAUUUUGGCAGCUGUAAUGUAGUUGACGCAUACACAUAUUUCAUCCUUUAAAAGGAUAUAAAUACUUUAGUAUUGUUUACGUUCCUUUAGUUUUAGGAAAUUUUUGUUGUAACAUGUGAUUCGGUCACUUAUUAAAGUGACAAUCAAAUUAUUUUUUUUUUUUUCAUUAAAUUUAGUUUGACAAAAUAAUGCGUACAAAUCAAAAAAAUUUGAGUAAUAGAGGUCUAUAUAAUACCCUUGGUUUGGUGCAACUGAAAGUAUCAUUCCCGAUGAGUGAUUCUUCUUCGUUUAAAUGAUUUUAUCCUUUUAUUGUCUAAAUCCUUUAGACUAAUUCUAGGGGGAUGUAAUACUGAAUCACCUCAUUGGGAGUAACACUUUGUUCUGAAACCUUUGUAAGAUGUUUAUAUUGUUUAUACUGAUAAUGCCAUAAAGUUGAAUCCCAUAAUUCUAAAUGGGUUUAAGAAGAUUUAGUUCCAUUUGGUAAAUGUCAAAACGAAAGAUUGUCAUUUGUCAGUCGACAAUCUUACUAGUUAAGUUGUGAUUGUGUUUUUGUAAUUACAUAUUGUACUGUAUUUGCCAAUGAAUUUAGUUGUUGUUGUACAUGUAGACGUGUAGCUUUAUCAAUUGCAAAAAAGUGAGGUUAGUUUAGCGCCUCAGUACAAUGUAGACUCUUCUAUAUUAAAAAGCAGCGUCAAACUAUCAAUGACCAUGCUUCCAAACUAGAUAGUGAAGAUGGAGAGUAAAAAAAAAUCAAUGAAAUAGGCCGACAAUCAGGAACUUGACUUUGUUUAUGCAAGUCAAGUAAAACCAAUUAACGGACCGAUAAUUUGUAAAAAAGCAAAUAAACCAAAUAAUGAUCCUAAUUUCAAAGCUUCUACUGACUAACUUCAACGCUUUAAAUCCAGGCACGGGAAAAGGUAGCAAGACAUACAAGGUGAGAUACUGUUAGCUGAUGUGGUAUCUGCCUAAAAUUUUAAAAAGACAUUUAAUGAAUUUUGCCAGGAAUAUUUAUAAUUAGGACAAAUGGAAAAAGCUGCCAAUUAAGUCCCUUGUUUCCAAAAGGGAAACUGCAGCGCCUGCCGGCUCCUGCUUCUUAUUAUUAGGAAAGCAAAACAGCUUAGACGUUUUAAGGGCAUAAAAACAAACUCCCUGAUACAAAAAUCAGACAAAUUUCUAAAUGGACACAUAGAUUUUUGAUGACUAGUUUAAGAACGUUGGGAAGUUCUACAGAAAGCAAAUGCUGCUUCUAAAUAUAGAGAAUUGUGAAGAAUCCGUGUUAGGCAGUUACAAGAAAUUGAACCAAGCUUGAAUAAGCUGCGAGUUUUCCGUGAAAAUGGUGAUACUGAUCCGGAUUAUCCUCAAGAACCACAAGGAAGUGAUGAAAUAAGAAAAAUCAUCGAAUGAAGCACGAGAUUUUGAGGAGCGUGAUCCUGAUCUUGGUUAUCAGAUUCUUUCCGAUGAAGAAAUUGUGCAGCAGAUAAAGAACUAUAAUCAGGAAGUAGGAGGAUAAAGAAGUAGAAAACGAUGUUCCAAUACCACGAUGAGGUGUCUACCUGUUUGGAAAAAGCUAUGAGUGAUUAGAGCGUCAAGCUGAUUCAGCUUUUGUCCUAGAAAAGACUAACUAACUAACAUCCUUAAACAUACAGUGAUUUAAUUUGUAUAAUUGAAGGAUUUUCAAUUAUCCGGACACUGACAUGCAUCAAUUAGUCAAGAUGCUCUACUGGAUACGCUUUUUCCAAGAAAGGUGAGGGUCUAAAUACAUACCAAGGUAUUUAGCACAUCUUUGACUUGUCAUGGAUUGGUAUGGGAUACCAUUUGCAUAUGUAGCUACAUUGUUGUUAGUAAAUCUGUUGUGAAUAAGACAUAGAUAAUUGGAACAAGGACGCUUCCUUAUUAUCAUUAAUCGAAAUCUAAAAAUAUUUUAUUACAUUUUACUCGUUUUUAUUUUAAAUUCAAUUAAGUAAUUACCAUGCGGUUACUAAUUUUCUAUCCCAUUGUAAUUUGGGUUUAUUCUUCUUUCCCUUAUAACUGUUGAUUUGUUCGCAUUAUUUUUUCAAGGUUUAAUACUUGUUCGCACAUUUGGACUAUUCCGUUGUAUUAUUUGCAAUAUAAAUUGUUUUUUUUUUUUUAUAUAUAUAUAUUUUUCAAUUAACGAUGGCUCUCUAAGAGAAAAUUAAUCGGUUGAAAAAAGUUUUUGAUCAAAAUUGAAUUCUCCAACAUGACAAAAAAAAAUAAUUUAUUACACAGAAAUGUGGUAAAUAUCCGGUAAACUUUUUUUAUUAGAGACGACGAGAAUUUCAUUUUUCAAUUGCUAUUCCAGUUUUUUAUCCAUCCAUGUACCUUUUAAUGACGUUUCAGUUCAUUUCUUGUAUAGUGUUUUGAUCCCAUUUGCUUUUAAAACUUAUUUUUGAGGUGUAAAGUUUUUCGAUGCAACAUCCUGAGGCAUGACCCAGGAACUAGUUUUAUGAUAUCACUUUUGCUCGCCAUUACAAAAACGAAAAAAGAAGCUACCGAGCUGGUAACACUUCCCAAAACUACAUAAGAAGAAAUUAACGGUAUAACAGACUAGCAGCCGUCAAUAUGACAGCUAUAAUAAAGAAAUAAAUAUAAAAACCCCCAAAAUAAAACCGAAUUGCCGUGACGUCGGAUUACUAAGUGUAUCUUUUGAUUAAAAACUUUUUUUUUUAACUGACAUUGUUUUUUUUUUGUGAUACUACGGUACUUAAUCCGUUUUAGGUCUUAUAAGAGAUUAUUUAGAGAGAUUGAUUAAAUUGUUUUUAUUAAUUUAAUACCAGAGCACAAGUUAUUACUACUUUAAAAUAUUUAUAUGUAUAGAUGAUUUUAGUUUAUAAGUGAUUGCAAUUUUAGCAACAAAUCUCUCAUCGAAUUCUGCCAAUAAUAUAUUUCGACACCUCAGUUAAACUGCAGGUGAAACAAAUAUUAAAAAUUUUUGGUAAUUUUGUAGUAUAGGUAAAGAAAUUUCAAGUUUUGUUUGUUUUUAUGGAGAAUUUAUGAACAAAAAAUAUCUCGACAAGGUUUUAUGGUUUUCAUUGUUAUCGUAAACCUACUUGUUUAAUUCUCUCUUAAAUUAACUUUAAAAUACAAUAUUCUUUAUCGGUUUUUCUAUCAUCUUAAUCAUUCAACUGUCUGUCUCGUCCACUACUGGACAUAAGUCUCUCUCUCAACUCAUUGCUUGCUCUUGGAAAGCUUGGAUCCACUUGGAUAGACUUAUAUGCAGACCAUUUAGGUUCAUAACCUAAUUUCUCUACACUUCUUCCGGUCCCUUGCUUUUUCUCUUCAGCUCUGGAUGUUUUUCUCUCCACUACUUUCCUCCACCGUUUUUUUGAUCUACUACUUUUCCUCUUGUCCUCUGGUAUCUUCCAUACAACUGUUUACUUUCCCCCAAAAAUUCUUCUUAGUAUUUUUCUCUCCCAGAUUUCCAAUUUCUCUAAAGUUUUAUUCGUUUCACAGGGGACUUCUAAGGCUCGAUUUCCUUUUCUUUAACUACCCCUAAUGUGUUUUCUUAUGAUAUCCGCUUGCUUCUUACCAAAUGGUGCUUCUUGACAGGUCUCUUUUUGUAUGCCGUUGAGGUGUGGUAACGUUAAUUUUUAGACACACCUCGUAUUUUCCAAAGUAUACAUUUCAAUUGAUUUUGUUCAAAAUAUACUAAAAUAUAUUGUAAUUUAUAAUUAUUCGUAGAAAAAAUAAGGUAUAUAACUCGAUUGGCAGAAAUUUUUGAGAAAUAGUAUUAAGUACUAAUGGUGUUUAUGAAAAUGGUCAGACUACAACUGCUCUUUCGAAAUCUAGUCAUUUAAUAAAUAAAUUUAGUUUCCCGAAAUUAAUCCUGUGAUUAUAAAAUCCAGUCAACUGUAUUCGUUUAAUUUAUAUUUCGAUUAUUAUUAGAAAAUUUACUGUAGAUCUGAGCCUAUUAUUCAUAAUUAUACAAAUCUGUGCAAACAUAUUCUAUAAUAUACCGAGUGUUCCAGAAGGUUUUCCUCAUUUCGAUACAUAAGGUUUAAAUUCUGAGCUACCAAUUUAGAGAUAACUCUUUCUGGUAAAACGUUUUAACUUUAACCAUUAGAAGGUUUAUAGUAUGGCCAAACCAGCAAAAUUAUCUAGCUCUAGUCGUAAAAAAUUAUCCUACAUUAACCCUAUAUGUAAUACCAUUGACAUUUCGGAAAUUAACAAAGUCUAAUUAGUCCUAAAGCAUUUUGUGUAACCAUUUACAAAUUUGAGCCUGGAUAAAAGUACUUCAAGUAACAGUAUUAAUUAUAAAGGUAAAACCUUGUUCAGUAAGUAAAAUUAUGCGUUACUUGUAAUCUUCAGAGGUCCUGUUAGCUCAAUAUUCAUAAUGGUGCUUUUUAUUAACCCAAUAUCUGAUCAAUCUUGCUGAAGGUACUUCAUUUAUGUCAUGUAAACAAUCGGACACAGUUAACAUUCUAUUGUAAUGGUUGUCACACACCUUACGGUUUUACCGGAGAGGUCUACAACUAUCGGUAUGGGUAUUGACAAGUCGCUACUUUGAAUUUGAAUGUAUGCAAAAUUCCACUACAUCGCGUGGUGAUAUUUGACAAAUAAAUGAGGAUAACCUUCCGAGAGAUCACGUAUUUAAAUAAUGUAAAUAAUCGUAUUAUGUGUAUGUGGAGAUGAUAAAAUUAACGUUUACAUUUACUAUAAAAGAAAAAAACGUUUCUUGCCAUUACAUAAUAUAAGUAUUAUUAUCCUGCUUAAAAACUAUUUACUCUUGUGCAGUAGUUUUACAGUAUUUUUGCCCAUGUGAUUUAUCGUUUUUUUUUUUUUGUUUAAUUUAGUUAGCUUUUUGUGCAAUUUACUCAAUAAACAAAUAUUUAUGAAUGUCUUUUUUUGUACCGUUAUAAAUUAUUUCGACACAAAAAUUCGCCUGGACGUUAGUUAUUUUAUCGUUAAAUGGUUGGUAUACACUAUAUACGUCAAUAUCCCGCCGCUGCUAUCAUCGCUUAGUCGCUAGUUAUUUUAUUGUUAGAUAUUUGGUAUACACGAAUUACAUCUAUAUCCAGCGUCUGCUAUAUUUUGAUAACGUCCGUCAAGUUUAGUGGAAAUUUAUAUAUACGGUGGUAGCCAUUUUGUUUCAUUAUUAAUAUCGAAGAUGUAAAAGUAGUUUUUUCUUCA